GUAAAAGUAGCACAUGUGUUUGUUGAUGGACAUGGCAAAACGCAAGCCGGAUAAAUCAUCUUCGGGGUCGUCAGGAGAAGACUCCGACUCCACUGCUGACGAAGAUGAACAGACUGAGAAUGCUCAACAGAACGGCAGCCCAACUCCAAACAAAGUGCAGAGAACGUCAAAAACCGAUCUGUCGAAAGAUCCAUCGCCCAAUCAGCUUGUGGAACUAAAAGAAACUGAAAACCUUUUUCAGUCCAGUUUGCUGAGGUUACAGAUCACAGAGCUUCUGACUGAAGUUUGUUUGAAGGAUGGUCGGAAAAAGAAAAUCGAAGAAAAGAUCCAGGACUUGAAAGUCUCACUUCUUGCUCUCCCAGAUGGAAAAAUGUAUACACUCUCUGAUACGAGAUGGUUGGAGAAGAAAGGACUGCAGGUUCCUGUAAUCCAGGAACCUAAAAGCAGGAAGGGUAAUUUCCACUUUCUUGCCCCGCGAUCCGUCGAGGUUGUCGGGAGUUUCCUGCUGGGCACCUGCAUCAAGCCAGGAGUGCAUGUGGAUCUCGCCGUUACAAUGCCUAAGGAAUGCAUCCAGGCGAAGGACCAUCUCAAUCAUCGCUACAUCAGAAAGCGAGCACUGUACCUGACGACGAUCGCACACCAUUUGCAGUCAGAGGAUUUGGUACACGACCUCAAGUUUACUCAUCACCAUGGCGACAAUCUCAAGCCAGUUCUUCAGAUGCGGGUUAAAGACGGUAAUGCGCACGGUUUUGAAGUUCACAUUCACAUAGUGCCAGAAUCCGGUUCGUUCAAACUGAACCGAUUUCACAUUACCAAGAACAACGUCAGAAAGUACUGGGUCGAGGACAGGGAUGUGACAGAGGAUAGUCAUGAUGAAGAAAACUUGGCCACUCCACUGUACAACACCGCGAUACUGAGGGACUUGACUUUAUUGGACAACACCAGAUCACUGGAGGAGAGCCUGUCCGCGACGCCUGGUAUUAAACACGGCAUGGUCCUACUCAAAGUGUGGCUCCGUCAGAGAGAACUCAGCACGGGUUAUGGAUCAUUCAGCGGGUUUAUCGUGUCCAUGUUUGUUCUGUAUCUGUUGUCACAGCGACGCCUGAACAAAUUCAUGAGCAGUUACCAAGUCUUCCGAAACACACUCCUCUCUCUUUCUUCGUCUGACUGGUGUGAGAAGCCGAUCAGUCUGUGUACAGAUACCAGUGACGAGAUCCGCCCCUCGAUGUCGGACUUCCAGGGGGCGUUUGAUGUCGUUUUCGUCGACCACUCGGGAUACACCAACCUGUGUGCUGGCAUAACCAGGUCUCUCUACAACAGAGUGGUGCAUGAGGCCAGACUGGCGUUGCAGUUUCUGGAAGAUCGCCGGAUUGACAGUUUUGAUGUGCUUUUCCUGAAGCCAGUGUCCUUUCUAACCACGUUUGACCAUCUGUUUCAUUUGACUAAUUUGGAAGAAUUGCAUCACUGCAUCGAUAAGCUGGACAUUGCUCACAAACUGAUUGAUUACCAUGGCAACUACAUCCUGGCAUGUAUACCUGCCAUCUUGGAUCUUCUUAGUCGGUCGUUGGGGCGUCGUGCACGCCUUGUUCAGAUGAGACAGAUGGCAGUGAAACAGUGGCCAGUGAAUAAGAAACCUCCGAAAAUGUCGGAUGAAGACAAGUUAACAUUUGGUUUACUUCUUGACCCUGAAUUCGUCACCAGUGUUGUAGAGAAGGGACCACUGUCAGACUCGGUGGAGGCAAAAGAAUUUAUUGACUUCUGGGGAAACAAGUCUGAGUUGAGGCGAUUUCAAGAUGGUGUUAUUUGUGAGGCAGUUGUUUGGACGACAUCAUCUCUGCUUAAUAAGAAACGAUUGGUCAGCGCCAAGAUAGUGAAAUAUGUUCUACAGAGACAUGCUGCUCUGUCUGAAGUCAGCGUCCACUACGUCGGCAGUCAGCUGGAUGGUCUGCUGCGGCGUCCUCGUCUCAUGGCGGAGGCAGGUGGUUUUCCGUACGGGACUGGUGAAGAGCAACACAUUCUCAUACAACAUGCCUACACGGGUCUGACAAAACAGCUGCGUGGUCUAAACCUGCCCCUCGCUAUCAACUCCAUUCAGGGAAUCUCUCCAGUGUUUAGAUUUGCUGAAGUGUUCCCAGCUGUACCAGCUUUAACAAUGACCGGUCAGCACCAACACGGUCCAGCGUUGCCUAACCCUAGCAAGUUGGCUCCCAGGUGGGUGCCCUGUAUGGAAGUGGUGUGUAUGUUGGAGACGAGUGGAAAGUGGCCCGAGGACAUGGAAGGCGUCCGGCGACUGAAGGCGGCAUUUCUCAUCCAGAUCGGCAACGCUCUCUCCUCCCAGUGUCUACUUCCUGUACAGAUCAAACCGGCGUGUGUCCACGUUCUUAAGGACGGCUACGUGUUCCAGGUCAAGCUGUCAUACUCGCGAGAGAUUGCAGUCUCAAAGAUGAUCAAGAUGGCCGACGGGACGGUCAAGUUCAAGGACACUGAAGAGUCAGUCUCGCUGGAGAAGGAUACGAAGAUCCUUCCAGUCCUCACGAGCACGUUACAUGGAUUGUACCAGCAACACAACUCGUUCAGCUGUGUGGUCCGAUUGGCCAAGCGCUGGACUGCCGCUCAGAUGUUGACCAAUCACAUUCCAGAUGUGGCUGUCGAACUUAUUGUAGCACACCUGUACCUACACCCAGCUCCGUUUCUACCUCCGGGGUCUCCUGUUGUGGGUUUCUUGAGAUUUCUUCAGCUGGUGUCAACAUUUGAUUGGAAGUUGUCUCCCUUUAUAGUCAACUUGAACAAUAAAUUUUCAGUUGAUGACGUUGCUGAAAUUGUACACCAAUUCAACAAACAGCGGACAACUCUUCCUUUGAUGUUCUUAUCGACGCCAGACGACAGGUUGAGCUCAUACUGGACCAGGAAAUCCCCAACUGCACCUGUCCUCCGCCAGUUUGUGGUGCUGGCACAGAAGGCUGCUGAUGUCCUCGAGAACCAGAUUAAAGACUGUUCACAACAGCACGAUUUCAAGACCAUUUUCAGACCUUCAUUUGAAAUAUUUGAUGUUUUGAUCCACCUCGACUUGAGACAGUUACCACGACAACACGAGGCUGUGGACAUCACCAAGGCAACGAGAAUUCCCCCUGUGUUGGCUGGGAAAUACAGAGAGGUUGUUAAAACUGUGCCUGUUCUCGACUACGAUCCUGUGCAGUAUUACCUGGAUGAACUCGAGGCUGCCUUUGAUGAUUUGGCAAUGUUUUGUUACGACAAGUAUGGAGGAACUGUGAUUGGUGUCAUAUGGAAGCCAGCUGCACUGCAGCCAAAAGAAUUCAAGGUGUCUGCCAUGGUUGGACGCAUGCUUUCUGUGAAGGAUGUACAGUCUGAUGAAACUGUACUUACGACAAACUUCGGAGCCGUUCUAAAUGACUUCGCUGUGAUGGGCCGAGGACUGGUAAACCGAGUAGAGACGCUGCGUGUUCACUGACCCGAACACGACUUGUACUGAACCGAGUAGACGCACUACGUGUUCACUGACCCGAACACGACUUGUACUGAACAGAGUAGAGAUGCUACGUGUUCACUGACCCGAACACGACUUGUACACUCAAAAUGAGAAAGAAAUUAAAUACUUUAAAAACA